UGUGCUCACAAUUCCAAUACCUGAAACAAGCAGCCUCACAAUCUCUCAAGUCUCAACCGUUUUCUACACUACCCAAAAGCAAUCAUGUCAUGUUCACGAAGAGUUACAUUCCAAGGCAAGGAAGUUUCGUCUGUGAAGACAUUUGAACCACUUGACAGCGACCAAGCCAAGGAGUUGUUUUAUCAAGAUGAGGACUACAUCAGGUUUCGCUCUGACUUUGCUAUUUACAAGGCCCAAGCAGCCAAAAUGGAAUGCAUUCGAAGAGUGGAAGCAAUCAGGAAGAGAAGACCAGCAGCCAUGAUGUCCGCUGUGGACUCCUACAACAGGAUCUCUCGUUGUCCUUCCCAAAGAAGUCCCUUCCGACGAUCAGUUGCCGUCAAUGGAUGUGCCAUGAUGGCGUGAUUUUGAUUUUGGUCUGCUAUACUUUGAACGCAGCGUUGAUCUGUAACAGUGUAAAUAAGACUAUUUAGUACACAUUACUUCACUUCUCUGAUGAAGAGUACCAUAUCACAAUCUAACCAGCCACAUCAAGAUUAGGGGCACAAUCACUUGAGUA